AUGGCCGCUCAGAAGCAGCCCAAGGUUAUUCUCUUCGAUAUUGGCGGCGUUUGUGUCGUGUCUCCCUUCCAGUCCAUCCUUGACUAUGAGCUCAGCUUGGGCAUCCCGCCUGGAUGGGUAAACUACUCCAUCUCGAAGUCGGCCCCAGCCGGGUUCUGGCACCGCCUGGAGAAGGGAGAGAUCCCAAUGGACCGAGAAUUUUUCGCCGGGUUCAACAGGGAUCUGCACAACCCAGCACGCUGGGCCGCCUUUUACGAGGCUCAACGCAGUAAAAACCCGGCACUGCCUGCCGCUCUACCUCCACUACCGCAGGUGGAUGGUGAGUGGCUGUUUAACGACAUGAUGACCGUGUCACAGCAGCCAGACCCGUGGAUGCUGCCUGCACUGGAGCGCCUCAGGGCAAGCGGUCGCUACGUCAUCGCCGCACUGAGCAACACCGUCAUCUUCCCGGACGGGCACCCACUUGGCGACCCGGCCGACCAAGGCGGCUUCUUCGGCCACCCGGUGCGCCGCCUCUUUGACGUCUUCGUCUCCUCUGCCCACGUCGGCCUGCGUAAGCCCGACCCAGCGGCCUUCCGCUACGCUCUGCGCGAGGUCGACCGCUUCGCCAGCACCAACGCUGCGGUGAGGGAUCCGGACGGGUCGCUCGGCUGGCGUCACGGUGUCGAGCCCGGUGACGUGCUGUUUAUCGACGACAUUGGCGAGAAUCUCAAGGCUGGGAAGAGGGAGGGGCUACGCACACUCAAGGUUUCGCUGGGCCGGGCUUUCGAGGCCGUCGACGAGCUUGAGCGUAUCACGGGCUUGGCCCUCGCUGGCGACCAUCCCCGGAUACCUGUGGAGCCCAAGAUGCCAUCGAAUCUCAAGGCCAAAAUGUAA